AUAUAUAGGUCAUUAACUAACUUAACGUGAUUUUGUUUGACUUUUUGUACUAUGAGGUUCACAGAAAUACUUUUAAAUGCAUACAUUUUUAUGGACAGCAGGUGGCACCAUUGGUACACAAGAAUUCAUGCCUAAACCAACAUGUACAAGACCAAGUGCACAUUUAAUAUAUAUGUUUAUUAAGCUUAAGAGCCUGAGCAUUAUGUCUACUUACAUACUACAUGCUAUAGGGGUAUGUACAGAGUUGUUGGGACUUUAAAUUAGUCUACAUCUAAUGAACUGGGAUUUCUUGUAACACUGAGCUUCUUAAUACAUCUGAUAAUAAGACAUAGUCUGCGUAUAUCUCUUUCAAAAUGUGUCUUAGAAACAUUCAUGGAAGGAGAAAUUUAACAAAAAUUAAAAAGGUUACCUGCUAGUGUAAUUCUUUCCAAUCAUCCGUGAUUUUGUGGAAACAUAAAAUGAUGGAAAUUUCUGGUGAAUGCCUCUGUGGGCUUAGUGUUGUAUUUACUCUCUUUGACCACAGACAUUUUUUCCAAGCAACUCAUUAUAACCCCUGUUCACUUUGAGGCUUUGAUGCAAUGCAAACUUUGCAAACGUUUUAAGGCUCAUUCCUGCAGCGUUUUAUAUACUUCUGAGUAAUGUACACAUAAUAUGACUCUAUUUGAUAUUUUACAUAAAAUAGGCUAUUAUUUAUUAAAAUUAUGAUGUAUAUAUUUUAAACCUGUUUAUGUAAAAGAAAAUAAACAUAGCCAGCCAACACUGUCUUUUAAGUGACCCCUUCUGGGCACCCCUAUGAACAAUUUUUGGAGGCGUCACUGGGUGGGUGGGGGACUUCAAAAUAUUUUACCCAUUAAAGGAGAGAGCAGGCUGUGAGGAGGACUGAUACAAAAGAAAAGGCUGUGUUGUGGACACUGACGCUACAAGGUCAGCAGUAUGUGUUUUUGAAUAUUUGUUUUUAAGAUGGUACAUUGAUUAGAUUUGUAUUAUAAAUUUUUCCAUAGCAAGUGAUUUCUGGAAAUAGACAUUUUCACAGUGUGUCAUUGAAAUAAGAAAAAAAACUAAUGAACAAGUAGAUGAAAAGGUAUUUACUGUUGCUACGGGACUGUACUUGUACUUGUCUCGCUCAAAACUAACAAUACACAGCAUCAACCAGUUAAGCUUCAUAUCAAACCUGGGCCUACAUGGCUUAACUAUAACACAUUGACAAGUAACUUAUUGUAAGAAUUUACAAUUGUAUAAAGGCAACAUACUAGUACCAUGUAUUUACUGCAGUUCCUUUGAUGGUCAGUGCUAAAGAACGUCAAGAGUGUAAAGUAUAAGAUUUGGCCGCCUGCACUAAGCAGUAUGUCUGAAUAGAGUAUGUGCUAUUUUAAGCCUGACAGGCACAUAGCUUCGAGUUCAGUCCAUGGGUAAAACAAGGUUGUCAAGGCUGGGUGGUGAAAAAACAUACCAAGGCUACUAAUACUACCGCAAUACUGUCUUGUACUUAAAAGCUGCUGUAUUUCUAAUAUUUCUAGAAAGACAGCUCUUUAGAAAGAGAACUUUUAAUUGUAACAUUAUAAAACCAAUGUAUCUCGUCAGUAAAUGUAUGUACUCAUUGCUGCAUGUUGCUCCCUCCUUUUAAGAAGGAGGAAGAAAUAUUUGAAAAUAGGAUAUGAGGGCAUGAUUAUAUGGUAGAACUGAAGUUGUAAUGGCAUCUCCUAUUAUGCGUUCCUAAUGUAUGUGUUGCGUGUAUGCAUGUUUGUCAUUUCAUGUGAAAUAAAAAAGUAUCUUCUUAUACAUAUAUAUAAUUUUCAUUUUCAUUCAUUUAUUUCCCUUGUUUUUUCUCUACCUCUUCCUCUCUUUACAUUUCUUUCCCUGGCUCCUCUCUGCAUUGCAAAGAUGAAGCUGACUGUAGGGGCUGUGUUGGGUCUGUCCCUCAUUUUGGUUCAUAUUCAUUUUUCAAUGGCCGGGAAAGGAAAGCCAUUUGGUGGGAAAAUAAAUCUGUUUAAAAAGCCCCCCAAAGUGCCUAAACAACCCAAACAAUCCAACUUGCCUGGUAACAGGCAACCAGAGAGCUACCCUAAACAAGGAGGUAGCCCUAAUCAAGGAGGUUCUCCUUAUCAAGGAGGUUACCCCAACCAAGGAAGUUACCCCCAGCAGCCAGGCAGACCAGGGGGUUACCCUAACCAAGGAGGUUACCCUAAUCAAGGAGGUUACCCCCAGCAACCAGGGGGUUACCCUAACCAAGGAGGUUACCCUUACCAAGGAGGUUAUCCCCAGCAACCAGGCAGACCAGGGGGUUACCCUUACCAAGGAAGUUACCCCAACCAAGGAGGCUACCCCCAGCAGCCAGGAUACCCAGCCGGUGGUUACCCAGCACAGGGUUACCCAUAUGGAGGAGGUCAUGGUGGGUAUGGUAGUUAUGGAGGUUAUCCAGGUGGAUACAUGAACUACAACCCAAACAACAAAAUCCUGAGCCCUCACUAUGGGGGCAGUUAUGGAUAUGGUGGCCAUGGUUUUGGGGGCGGUUCUCCCUUUUCCCGCUCAGCUCAGGCAAUGGGUGUGCUUCCCUCUGAUAAAUCCAGAGGGUUUGGCCGCAGUGCGGUAAUGGCAGCAGCUGGAGGGGCUGUGGCAGGAAUGGCCCUGGGAUACGGGUUAGGGAGGUUUCCCCGUCCUCACUUUGAGUUCCACAGCCCCCAGGAGGAGUAUUACUACAACCACUACAUGUACAGGAAAUAUGGUGUCAAGUCUACUGAUACAAAUGACUACAGCAGAGACUACAAUUACAGCCCACCGCCUCAAACUUAUGAUAGCUUCAUGGACACGUGUGUGAAGAGAAAAGACCUGUUGCCUGAGGAGAAUCAACAGCCAAACAAAAAAACAGCUGCCACCACAACUACAAUUACAACCACUGCACCUACUUCUGAAACUACCACAUCUACUACUAAAACUACCACAACCACUGCUGCCCUAGACACUGGCAUUGGCAGCAACACAACAAAGAGCAACAGCACUGCAGCAUAUAACUCCUCGACCUCUACACCUCCAACUCCUCACCCUCUAAAUCAAACUAAAGUUGAUCCUGUGCCUUCAACUUCACAGGUACUCCAAAAAACUGCUACUGAUGAUGAUGAUGCUGGCAUGGACAACAACACAACAAAGAGCAACAACACUGCAGUAGAUGAUUCCUCGACUCCUGCUCCUUCAACUCGUUCUUUAAAUCAGCCUAAAGCCGAUCCCGUGCCUCCAACUUCACAGGUUCUCCAGAAAACUGCUACUAAUGAUGAUGAUGAUGAUGAUGAUACGGUCAGCAUUGUGGAGAUUGGCUACCCAGCACUGAUCAAACAGCUUAAGGUCAGGAGAUGUGUAGAGUUAUACAUUGUUUACUCUGAAAAGUACUUGAAGAAAAAUACUAAACCCAGUGCCAGCAAUGGGGUGCAGGGACUCGAAAUGGGAUUGCAAGGGCUUUUAACUGUGGUCACCAGUAUUAUAAUGAUGGCACUGAAUAGCAACAUGUUACUGCAGCAGCACUGACGCCUUCAUUACUUAUUAAAGUGAUGGCGAACCAUAGAAAUUAGGUCUUUGGGAGUUUAAGGUAGAUUGUCACAGUGAAUUGUAAUAACUUUGGUGAUACUCUGACUUUUCAUCUGUCGCCAUCAUAAUAAGGUUAUUGUUUUUGCACAAUAGUUAAGUUUAUGACCAAACAUAUCUAUAAUUAAUGAGAUUCUCAUCAACCUCAGCUGAGCUUUAUUCUUAUCCAGUUUUGGAUGAUAACAUGCUAAACUGACAUGGUGAACACAGUAAACAAAAGACAUAAGUAUAGCUGAAGAGAUUUUUUUUUUAUCAUGGGGCUGGUACAACCUCUGACAUACUUUAACUUUUCUUGAGACUUUAUACUUUUGCUCUGCUAUAUUUCACAAGAGAAUUCUACUUUUUACUACAUCAAUUUGACAUUUAUAGCUAUUUGUUACAUUGCACCAAAACACAUUAUAUGCCUAAAUGAUAUGAUGAAGUACUUUAACUUUUGAUACUCUAAAAGUACAUUAAAGUACAUUUGCUGAUUAAACUCUUUUUGAAUUCAGGACUUUUACUUGUGGAGUAAAUAGAGUAUUUUUAGACGAUGACAUUUACUUUUACUCCAGUGAAAUGUCACUUCAAUGAGUCAAUGAGUACUUUUUCAACCACUGAUUGAUGAUGUGAUGCUCUUGCUUUGCACAGUAAGUUGUAUGGGAUAUAUAUAUAUACA